AUGAUACGAUUGCGACCGUCAUCCGCCUUGACCCUACAACACCACGUGAGGAGAAAAUGGUGGUCCACAUUGCAUGCCGCCCGAUGGUCCACACAAGAAAUGACGACGUAUGAACCCUUAUUGAUUCCUUCUUCGUAUCGCAUCAUCAACCUUUCGACGGCGGCUCAAGAUAUCGCGGAUGAAAUGGCGGAUGCGUUGACCCGAACGGCCAUUCGACGCAUGAGGCUAUCGCAGCUGAGGGAAGAGUUGCGUCAUCGAGGAGUUUGUCAAGAAGGAAAACGCGAUGAAUUAAUGCAACGGUUACUGGAUAAUUUAGAACAGGAGAAAAGCAACAAUCAUCAUCCAACAGUACACUCUUCCGAGGUAUCCAUAUCCCUUCCCAAAAUGAACCCUCUUCAGGACAUGGACACGGAAAGUGAAACUCCUAUUCGGGAACUUUCUUCAGACGAUGAUGAUGAUACCUUGCAGAUUCCAACGAUGCAGCAAUUGUAUACUGCAGAUGAGCAGGAGCGAGGCGACGACAACGAACGCCCUUUUUCCAUCGAUCCAGGUUGGACCUACCUCAUUCGCGUCAACUGUGCCCAUGCGGGAGGAACCCGAGUAGUGGAAGGAUCGGGCGUGGGAAUGACUUUGCUCCAAGUGGAUCCUGACGCCGCGGAUGCGGUACUCCAGACCAACCAAAUACUGCUCCCAGGAUCCGGGAGGACUCCCUUUGAAGCGGACUAUUGCGCUCUCAUCAUGGCUAUGCGACAUGCCAAGGAUUGUGGGAUUCGUCAUCUCAUUGUGGAAAUGGAUGCUCUCGGAGUCGUCCGACAAGUCACAGGACAAGGAACCCUGGGUAGCAAGGGGUAUCAGCAAGAAUUGCAUCAAAAGGUACUGGAAUUGAAACAAAGCUUUGACACUUGUGAAAUUGUGCACCACGGUGAAGGACAUAAAAAGAAACGACGUCGAGAUGCACCCAAGGAUGCCAAUAGGAUCCUGGCCAUGUCGGCAUUGGCCCAACAACGAGAGUUGCAGUCAUCAUCCGAUUGGGCCAUGAUGGAGGAUCCCCUCACGAACAUGGAAGCGACAGCGAAAAGUAACAGCAACAACAACAACCAGCACAAGUACAACAUUGAUCCCGACAGGGAAUACCUACUCCAAUUUGAUGGAGGAGCACGGGGGAAUCCGGUCGGGGUGGCUGGAAUUGGAAUGGUGAUAUUUGAUGAUACAACAAACAAAGACACUGAAGUUUGGGUUGGAUGGGACUUCUUGGGAAGCGAUGUCACCAACAAUGUUGCCGAAUACAAAUCACUCAUUGCCGGACUGGAAUGCGCCCUGCAGUUGGGCAUUCGCAAGAUACGGGCCGAAGGAGAUUCGCAACUCGUCGCGAGACAAGUGACGGGGCAAUACAAAGUGAAAAAGGAUUGGUUGAAACCACUCUGUGCCCGUGUCAAGGAGUUGAGCCAACAAUUCGAUACGUUUAGUAUCCAUUCCGUCCCGCGGGCGGCCAACAAACGAGCCGAUUACCUGGCCAAUCAUGCCAUGGAUACAGGGACUGGCAACAAGGAGUGCGUAUGA